UCUAAUCCUUCCUACCUCUCUCUGCCACCACCAGCCCUGCCAAGAUCAACAUGGCGUCCGCCAUGCGCAUACAAGGAGCCGCCAGACUCUUGAUUGCAGAAACAUCGCCGACGCUGCCCUUCAGGCGGUCACAGCGGUGUCGCGCAAGAAGGGCGAUGGUCUCGACCGGCGCGGUCCCCUCACACAUGGCCCAGAUGGUCACUCGUCCCUUGUCUACCACUGCGCAGCUGAACAAGCCGCAGCGAACGAGCAAGGCAUCAUCAGCUUCCUCAUCAACAUCCAAGGCGGCGGAAAAGAAGAAAGCAGCCGCCACUCCCACUCCAGCUGAUGAAGCUAAGCCUGGAGCAACGAGCGCAGCAGCUUCAUCAUCACCAUCAUCAUCUUCGCCCGCCUCGACGUCAUCCUCCUCUGACUCGAAUGCAUCUAGCGCGCCCCCAAAGGGACCAGUCAGAGUCACAGACAAGCGAUCUGACCCAACUACACGGCAAGCAGAGAUUGCUGCGAGAGAGGCGGAGAAGCAGCAGCAGCAGAAGUUGGCCCAAGCCGGGGCAGCAUCGACAAAGCUUGGGGAUCAGGAGCCGCUAGUGGGUACAGUUAGAUCAGCAUCGUCUGGCAGAGAGACCCCGAUUGCUCAGUCGGCUACCACAGGGUCAGUGACGCCGGAAGGAACUGCUGGUGGGGCGGGCGAGGCCAGGACUACUGGAGCUGCGCCUUCAUCUGCUGCCUCGACAUCAAAUCCGCACCCCUCAACGUCGAGCCCGCAAACGAAGUCAGCGCAAACUUCAUCAACCUCUCCUGCCUCAGCAACGCCGUCUUCCCCUUCUACACCACAGACAUCGCAGCCCUCCUCCUCCUCUUCCUCCUCCACCUCCUCUCAAGGCAGCUCCUCGUCCUCUUCAUCUUCCUCCACCACCACAACAAGCUCAUCUGAGCUCCUGAAGCAGCGCCUCCAACAAGCCCAAGAAAAGCUGGAGCGACCCCUUCCUUCGAUGAACUUGGGGCUCGGUAGCGCCGCAGCUGCGGGCGCGACGACGGGGCCGUGGAAUGUUGACCGGGAUGGGACUAUUGUGCAGCAGCCACCUCCAGCAGCGAGUGGGUCUGGAGCAGGGGCCGGGACAGCACCUCAUGGAGGACCUGGCGCGGGGCAGCAGCAGCAGCAGCAGCAGCCAGCCGGCUCAGCAGCGGCAAGUGGCAGUGGUGCCUCCUCCUCUUCGCCUCCUCCACCGCGCCCUGGCCCGGCAACAGGCGUGAUCCCCUCAGACAGCCCGCCCACCCUCGAAGCAGCAGACCUCGACCCAACGGGCCCAGCCCUGGAUCACCUCUUCGACACGCGCGCCUUCGUUCGACGUUUGGAGGAUGCUGGCUUCCUCAAUGCGGAGCGCGUCGCCGAGGCGGCAGCUGCGGCCCAGGGAGGGGAGGGGCAGGGCGAGACGAUGGAGAGGAGACGAGAGGUGCUUGACUGGCUUGCAAGGGCACAAGGCGGCGAAACGUCCACUGCUUCAACUCCUCCACCACCACCUCCAUCGCAGGAUGGCGGGUCCACUUUCGAGCUCACCCCUCAACCUCCUCACCGUCCACACGACCCAGCAGAAGCAAUCCUCGACCUUACCUCUUCCUUCCUUCAUCGAUCCUCCCGCCACACACUCUCCCUCCUCCUGGAUCGCGUCGCAGUAGAGAACCAACGCUACCUCUUCACGGCCGCUCUCUCUGAGCUCCGCACCGAGCUUCAAGUGCGCGCUCGCAAUGAUGCCGCCGCUUUGCGCUCCAUCACCACUUUGCUUCAGCGGGAAGUCGACGGAUUGAGUCAAAGGAUGAAAGAAGACAUGGAGACCAUGAAGCACGACAUAGCCGUAGACAUGAAUAAUCGCAAGGGCGAAGCAAAGGAAGAGCAGAAUAGCCUCGAGCAAGAGAUCCAGGAUCUCAACAAUCGCUUCACCAUUAGCCUCAGUGACCUCAAGACGGAAAUUGAGCAGAGCAUCAAAUGGGACUUGACCCGUCGAGCCCUUGCCUUGGUAUUCGGUAUCGCGGCAAUCACGGUCAUUACGCUCUUUGCGGCUGAUGUUCUCAGUAAGAGAAAGGAGAGGGAACGAAGGAGAGAAGAGGCUGAAAGGGUGGCAGCCGCAGGCGGUAGUGGAGGAGCUGCUACUGCUGCGGCGGUUGCGGCGAGUAGCAGUAAUGGCGGAAGUGAAGGCGGUAUCUUCAAGCGGCGCAGUUCGGCUCCACCGCCAGCUGCUCAACCUGCUGCUGUUCCCACUCCUGCCGCAGGUACUCCCGGCGCGGGUAUGUCGUUGAGACCGGCUGAGGAGCUGGGAUUGGUGGAGCAGGACGAGGCGGACCAGGAAGCGAGGUAUCUCUAGACGGUGGGACUUGGGCUCGGGCAUGUACACAUUCACACGUCUCGCCUAUGAUAAUAAUGUCGAAGCAUUGCACGUCAUUGGACGCGCUGGUA